AUGAAGGGGUUGCCACACACAGGUGAUCCUGCGCUGCGGGCAUGUGAUGUGGGUAAUGAGACACCGAAUUGUAGCGCCUCCGUUUUGCCAAGGGUCCUCAGCGUUAUUGUCGAGCUUUUUGGGUUUGUGCCCUUUGAGAACUUGCCACUCAAGAACCACGGCAACCCACGGCGCUGGUCCCCCCUCCUCUACGCUGCUCGCAGCUCUGCCUCAGAGAGCCAUGAGUCGCGGGGGCUUUCCCGCAGGUGGUCGUCAGCUGUAACACCGGCAGCAGCAGCAGCUGCCUUCGAAGUGGUAGCGCCAGCCGCUGCUGAGACACCAGCGGCUGUUGAUGCAGAAGCGUCAGCUGCUGCAGCCAUGGAGCUCCCAGACGUUCCAGCUGAGUUUGACGCGAUUGCGGAUGAUUUCAUCUCAGCCCUCGGACCCAAUGAAGAGAGGUCUAAAGUGCGAGCCGAGGCCUUUCAGCACCUGAGAGACGCCAUCUUCGAGGCUUUCACGGAUUUCAGACUUUCCUUGCAGCAGCAACAGCAGCAGCAGCAGCAGCUUGAGGGAAGGCAAGCGCUUCAAUUGCAAGAGCAGUAUCCAGAAACACGGCAGGAAGGUACAGCUGCAGAACGAAGCGUUCAAGAGGCCCCUUCGCACAAUAGGCCUUCCUCCUUGGGGGGUUCUGCUAUCAUAACGUUACCGCCCGAGGCCCCUGUGAGCUCUAGCAGGACGCGCCACGACUCCCCAUCUUCCUUUUUCUCCGUAUCGUCAUCUCCUUCCCCAACCGCGGCAGGAGGCGCAAGUGCAGCGGUCCCUGCAGGUGCAGCCACAGAAGCAGCAGCAGCAGCAUGCAGGCGCCAGGCAGCUGUCACCUCCACCCACGAGCCUGAGGAGGCUGCAGGGAUAUCCUCUCCAAGCCCUGGCAUAGCGGAAGGCAGCACCAGCGGCAGCGCAUGCAGCAGCAGCGUCCGCUGUCUGUCGGAUAUUUGUGUGGCUGUCCAUCGUUAUGGUUCCUUCCCUCUUCUCACGUAUCUCCCGGACGGGGAUUUAGAUGUCGGCGUGCUCACGUUUUCCCCCAAAACUGGCGUUGUAGAGAGCGAAGAGGACAGCGAAGCGUUCCUGGUGUAUCUUUACCAAAGAUUCAGACGGGGAGAUCUGAGAGUAGAAGGUGGGGAACCCACCUCAGAGUUUAGUCAGUCGGUGUGCACCCCAGGAGAAUCCCAAAGGCCCGCUGGGAGAGGCCUUAGGGGCCCUCGAAUCAGAAAUGUGCACCUCGUUAAAGCCGACGUGAAGAUCAUCAAGCUGGAAGUGGAUGGUCUCGCUGUAGAUCUUUCAGUCAAUAAGGUGGGGGGCUGCUGCUCCUUGGCGCUGCUGGAGCUGCUUGACCGCCGCAUUGGCCGUUGCCAUCUUUUCAAGCGCUCAGUCAUUCUUGUGAAGGCUUGGAUGGCGUACGAGAGUCAUCUGCUGGGGAGUCGCUCGGGUUUGCUAGCUUCGUACUGUCUGGAGGUUUUGGUGCUGCACCUGUUUUCGUGCCUCCCUCCGAGCAGUUUGCAGACGCCGCUGCAGGUGUUUCGUGCAUUCCUCUCGUAUUUUUCGAAUUUCGACUGGGCCUCCUUUGCUGCAACCGUUGCGGGGCCUCUCCCUCUGUGGUUGCUGCGUUACGCCAAUCGGCAGCAGCAACAGCAGCAGCAGCAGCAGCGGUACGUGGAGCCGCAGCACGAGCUUUUGCAUCUUUGUGAGCACAGCAGCGGAAACCCCCAAGACGGCGACCCCCGGCUGGAGCGAUUGGCGUUCAUUGCCCAACACAUGCAUCCGGAGGAGGGCGCAUCCAGGGAUGGCAUGACUAAUCAAAUCUGCAAGGCGAUUGCUGACCUUGCGUUUAUCGAAGAAUGUAGGAGGCGGUUUCGCAUGUGCUACGGCGGCAUGGGGGGGGGGGGCCUGUCACGUUUCUCGGGAGGCCCCCGGAGCAGUUUUGUAUGGGCAGACCCUGCAAGCCCCACAGCUGCGUUUGUGAGCAGCAGCGGCAGCAGCGGGCGUGACGUGCCGGCUCCAGCGUCUUCGCCAGCGAGCCGCUGGGCGCAGUCAAGCUCCUGGGCUGGUGGAAGUAAUGCUGCUGUGAAUCCCCGUAGCCUCCGAGGGAGUCCUCCGAUUUUUGGGUGCGGCGGCGUUUUUGUCAUGCGGUGCAUCAACGUUGUAGACCCGCUGUUGAAUUGCAACAAUUUGGGGAGAAGUGUUAGCGAGCCCGCAUUCGUGCGCCUCACCGAUGCUCUGAAGCGCGGCAACGCCACCCUCAAGGCGGUGUUACAGCGAGGAGACCAGGCAGCGUUUCGCUCCGUCUUCUUCAGAAACAGCUACCGCUACCUCCAAAGACUGAGGCGCAAGCAGACGGAGCAGCUGCAGCCCCAGAUCAAGCCCCUUGUCCUCCUCAGAAUCAGCACAGAAGACGAAGAAGAGCGCCACGCGGGCAUGCGUGGAGGUGUGGAUGGUGGUGCUACCUGCUCCCCAAGAGACUCAUACACGGAUUUUCUUACCGUCGUGCACACGCUGAAGGAGGAGGAAGGUGCAGCUUCGGGGAACGUGGAGGGGCCUCUUGGCGCAUCAGGAAACCCCCCACUGGUGGACAGAAAAGCCCAAAGAGGGAGCUCCACCGGAGAUGGGGACGGAUCCGCGAAGGCAGCUGCUAAGGCAUUUAAGGAGGGAGAAACGGCCUUCGGCUGUGACUCGGAAGUAGGCGAGUAUCCAUCUAGGCAGCGGCAGCAGCCGCAGCCGACUCUGCAGCUAGAUGAAGAGGAGAUGAGAAGUCUGCUAGCCCUCUGCCAGCUCUUAUCGAAGCAGGGUUCGAGUGAGGGGCCUCAGGGGGGUCCUGGGGGAAGCAACGCUCAGAUCGGGGAGGCACACUACGCAUGCUCGGCCCUCAACGCCUACGGGGACCCCCUGUGUGCAUGCAAGCACUCUGUCUCUGGCCCUCUACCAUCAGCAACAGACGACGCUGGUCAGACGGCGCCUCCCUCUAACAGCAGUGACGCUUCUGGGUGUGGACGCGAUGAGGCGAACGGGGGCCUUGUUGGCUCUGGGGGCUUAUGGGGUCCGGGGGGUGCCCUGCUGUCUGGCGCUUCGGAGGCAGCAAUGCUUCCAAUCGAGGCAGCAGCCGCUGCAGAAGCGGCGAUUGCCAUGCAGUCUCUACUCCCCUUUUGCACUCGGGGCUGCAGGAGAAACAGCAGCGCUGGCAGCUACUCCCUGGAUACUCGGACGGCGGGGGGCCCCUCUUCCGUGGGGUCCCCCCGGAGUGCGUGCAGUCUGGGGAGGCUUCCAUGGGAAACUCGAGGAGGGAACCAGCGCCUCGGGGUGGAGGGAGGCCCCAGGGGCCCCCGGGGUCCUUUAAAUGACCGCUACAGGAGGCCCCACCCGCAAUCCGUGGGGAGGCAGCGAGCUGGGGUGUCUCGCAGCACCAUGCAGCAGCAAACGCCACAGUUCGUGAUGCAGCAGCAGCAACAAUCGCAGCUCUACAGCCUUCCUCCAAGCCGAGACCCCUACUGGCAGGGUCCUGGACUCUUCGCCGGGCGGACUUCGUUGCUAGGGCCCCCCAUGGAGGGGCCCUCGCCAGCUCCCGGGGGGGGGGGCCCCGUGGAGUCUCGACCUUGGCAGGGGGAUGGAAGUGGCUCGCCCUCAGUGGCUUGUUGCGCUGCUGCCGACGAUUCUUCGGCAGGGAACCGUAACAGGGGGCGUGUGCAGGGGGGAAGUGCAGGCCCUCCUGGCACCGACACCCAGAGCGCCUACCCCCCAGGCCGCUUUACAUCAGCCUUGUCUCACGCUGUGGCUACACUACAGCAGCAGCAGCACCAUCAGCAGCAGAGUCAGAGAACGGGGUCCUCCUCUCUGGCUUCGGAUGCUGGCGUUUCUCAUAAUCAAGAUACGCAGAGGCCCUCCCGCAGGCCCUCGGGGUGGGGCCCCGGAACCCCACCCACUAGCAGCAGUGGGCAACAGGGCGACUCAAAGAGUUUCUUUAAAGCUUCUAGGCAGCAAGCAGGGGCUGCAGCUUGCAUGCCUGGCCCCAGAGAGGGCCCUGAGAGGGGCCCCUCCGGAGCACCCGGUGGAGGCUCUUCAUCGGAAGCAGGGGUGGACGGUUCGCCCCCCUACAGAGGCCCGCGCAGGGGUUCUGCUGAUUCUGCGUUUGUCACGAUAGGCGGCAACGGCAGAAGUCCACAGUAUCGAGAAAUGCCGCUUUCUCAGAGAGGCUUUCCGCAGUUACCCGAGGCUCGGAGCCCGCAGUGGGGUCAUAGAGGUGGUUUUCGGGGGGUUAACAACAUGCUCUCGACUGGCUGGCCCCCUCAGCAGAGCCCCCAGGGAGCACCUCUUCCCCGGAGCGUCGCUGUGUCUUCGGCGAGAAGUUUUCGAGCGGUGGACACCGCCAACGCUGGACUGCAAGGUGUGGGUCCCCAUGUCUAUGCGGUUUCCUCCAAAGCUCCUGUCUCAGGACAGGCCGACCGCAAAGAAUACAGGAGGCAGCCUCCAGCAGCUGCUGCACAAGCGGCUUCUCUUGGUUCAGCUAGCCGCUGCACGCAACAGGCUAAUGGUGGAGGCUCUGAGGGGACUCCUCAGGGCUCUGCGGUGGUCAGGAAGGCAACCCCGCAGUGGGGAGCUUCCUCGUUCGCAGUCGCCACCCCCGAACAGCUCUUCGGCAGAGGAGAAACUUCGAGAGAACGGAUCGGAAAUAGCCCUGUGGCCUUGCGGGCGAAUAAUAACGCAGUUCCUAUCAACGGCGCCGCCCCGCAACUGCAGGGAGCGGUCUCCAGAUUGCGUGGGCCCCCCCACGUGCACGAGCAGCAGAGGCGGCAUCAUCUCCGGGAGUCGUCUAGUUCAACUCCAUCUAGAGACUCGUGGGCAGGAGACUCAACGGGUGUUUGGAGGGUCAUACUCCCUCAAGCCACGGCUUCUGCCGUUGGAGGGCCCGCCGACGGGCACUCUGGGGCGGCCUGGGGGCCCCCGACUUCGCCUCGGCCUGAGGGCUGCCAUUUUUCGAAACUGAACGAGUUCUCGUCUCUCCCAGGGGAUUUGCUUUCAUUACGGUCUGCGGACGUCCAGCGCCUUAGUGCAGCAGACAGAGCGAAGGCCCUACAAGCGACGCAGCAGCAGCUCGCGGCGCUACAGGACGCGGUGGAGUGGCAGACGGCCACGAGCAAACGGGAACGAAAGCGAGCGUCUGCGUCGGGAAGGGACGCCGAAUCCAAAUUGGCGCAGUUGUUGGCGGUGCAGCAAGUAAGCUGUACUAAACUUGCGACCCCCUUGUCUUUCCUUCCCCCCUUUGCUCUUUUGCCAUGUCCUUGA